CUUGUCUUCAAGCCAACAGCCAAGCUGUUGGACUUUCUUGCCAACCGAAAUAGUGACUAUAGAUAGAAAGACAGAAACGGGUCGCCAGGACCGGGAUAUCAAGCAUUUAUAUUUGAGAUACCAGCCUUCAUUUGUUCCUUCACGUUUAAACAUAUAGCUUGAAAGGUUCCAGGGCGCUCAUGGAAGGUUCCGCAGGUAACAUCAGAGAACUACAUGAAAACGGUGACUGGCGAGGAAUAGUUCAACUGUACGAAAAUGGUUUUACUGACGAAAAAAUUCUCUGGUUUCAGCCGGACUCUGAUGGUUUAAAUUUUUUACACAAGAAUCUAUCGGAACUUGGAGUACAAGGUGUAUCUAGUAUUGGUUGUGGCAGUGGUCUGUUUGAAUGGCUCAUAAAAUCUUCAACAGGUUUGCCGGUAAUAGGCUAUGAAAUAGACCAAGGUUGGUGGGAAAGUAGGUACAGCCCACCCAAAUUUUUAAGUGGAAUCAGCUGCAUUGAACCAACUACAUUACCGGAACUAAAUUCUAAAUUUGCUCUUCUAUUUUGUUAUUUCAACGACUCGAAAGCCUUUGAAGCAUACCUUGAUAGCUUCACAGGCGACUGUGUGAUUCUUGUAGGUCCGGAUGAGAAAAACAAAAUUCGAUACUGCGACCCACAGCCGUUCCAACUGAAAGACAGUAAAGGCUGGCGUACACAUGCAGUCUGGCGUAGCAAGUUUCUUGAAGCAAUUGUUAUUUAUAAGAGGUCAACCACCUUUUGUCCACUGUGAUAAUAAAACUCUUUAUUUACCCUCUGAUUUAACACGCAUGCAUAACGAAUGGUAAGAUUACAAAAAGGAAUUCAGUGGCAAAACAAAUCUGCAUUCACGUUGGAGCAUCGCGCGAAACACAGGAGUGUAACAUGGUCAACACUAGUCUUGUCGUGUGUACAGGCGGCUUUAGAAGUGAAACAGAUUGACAAAUUAUCAUGAUUACUGCAUGUCUUUAAAUUGUCAUUAGCAACGGAUCUUAAAGUGAAUGGAAAAAAAUAUUUUUUUGUUUUUUUUAAACGAAGGGAUGCGUAUCUCACAAAAUUUCCCUACAAAUGAUUGCAAAAUGAAA